GGACGAUUCUGAGUUUCAAUCACACGUUUCAAUUCGCUGAAGAAGGAUAUUGUUCUGUAAAGGAAAUUGUAAUCGACGAACCUGUAACUGAAACAACCUUGAAUUUAUUAUGGUGCAGAAAAAGUUAAAGAAGGGAGGAAAGAGGGUCGCCGCUGCUCCCUUAGCGGUCAAGAAGCUGACCCAGAAGCGUGUCACCAAUCCACUUUUCGAGAAGAGAGCAAAGAACUUCGGGAUCGGACAAGAUAUUCAACCGAAGCGAGAUCUUUCCAGAUUUGUGAAAUGGCCGAAGUACGUACGACUUCAAAGACAGAAGGCGGUGCUUCAAACACGUUUGAAAGUUCCUCCCCCGGUUAAUCAGUUCGCCACCACCCUGGAUAAGCAGACAGCGACUCAGUUGUUCAAGCUGAUGGACAAAUACAGGCCUGAGACCAAAGAGGCCAAGGCAUUGAGACUGAAGCAGAGAGCAGCGGAUAAAGCCGAGGGCAAGGCUGAUGCUCCCACUAAGCGUGCUCCAGUAGUCAGACAUGGGAUUAAUACUGUUACCACUCUGGUUGAGAAGAAGAAAGCUCAGCUGGUUGUUAUCGCCCAUGAUGUAGAUCCCAUCGAGUUGGUUCUGUUCCUGCCUGCCCUAUGUAGGAAGAUGGGAGUACCCUACUGCAUCGUGAAGAACAAGGCAAGGUUGGGUAGGGUUGCUAGAAGGAAAACUACCUCGUGUGUUGCACUGACUCAGGUUGAUUCAGCUGACAGGGGAGCUCUCAGCAAGGUUGUCGAAACUGUAAAGGUGAACUACAACGAGCGUAGCGAGGAGAUCAGGAAACAUUGGGGAGGCGGCAGUUUGGGAAACAAGUCCGCAGCAAAGAUUGCCAAGGUCGAGAAAUUGAGACUGCGAGAGCUCGGCCAGAAGUUUUAAGAUCUCCUUCAGCCGUGAAUAACAAAUCAGAUUUUUGCGGAUUUCUGAUUGCUAUGUAAUGGAAGUUUUUAUUUUGAGAAUAAUUUUGUAAUAAAAACAAGAAAAAAUAAAUAUAUUCCAUUAUAUUA